AAAAGGGUCCUCCCUUCCUUCUCUCUUAUAAACCAAAAAUAAAAAAUAAAAAAUAAAAAAUUCUCAAUCGAAUCACAAAAACCCUAACGAUGAACCCUAAUCUCUUCGAUCUUUGAUUACUCUUUCUGGUGUAAUUCAUCAAGCUACUCUUUUUAUAUCUAGAUCAUUGUUGAUUCAUGAGAAAUGAUACUACCAGCUCGAGGAAAGAUCAUGGAACUAAGAAAAAGACCCCCUUUCAACUUGAUUUAUUGGAAAAAUAUUAUUCAGAGGAGAAAUAUCCAAAGCAGGAGGCCAUGGAAGAAUAUGCGGCAUUGUUGAAUUUGACAUACAAGCAGGUACGUACAUGGUUUGCGGAGAGGAGAAGGAAAGAGAAAAGAGAAAUGGAAGCUCGUGGCAAACCCGAUUGUAAUGCCAUCAAGUGGAAAUUCAACAGAAUUGCAAAUGAAGGACAGCCGACAUCUCAAAAGAAAUGUAGGAGUUUACCAAUUAAGGCACAAGUGAAACAUAACACCCCUUCAGAUUGUUGCCGUGUGUGCGAUCCGAAGUCAGUCAAGUUCAAAAGGAAAUACGGUGUAAUAUCAUCCGACAACCUGCCCGUUGGCCAAAAGAAUCACCGUUUCCACCAGCGAGUUUUGUUCUCUAAGGAAUACAUUUUGAAGAAAGUAUUUCGUAAGGAUGGUCCUCCACUUGGAGUCGAGUUUGAUUCUCUUCCCGCCAGUUCUUUUUGUUUUCACAAAGAUUCGGGGUUACUACGUUCUGAUUGGAACUUCCAAGGGGUCCCCAAAAGGAGAAAAAUUUUGGCUUCUCCUACUGUGAAACCAGGACCAGUACAAGUGCAAACUAAUCCUUGUAAGAAUUAUGGUAUCGGUAAAGGUCUAAUGACAGCAUGGAGGGCAACAAAUCCCGACAAUGCUAGGCUUCCAUCUAAGUUUAAUUUUGUCGAUGGAGGUGCAACCAUGCCUUUUAAGUCUGCCAUUAAGGAGAGACCACGUCGAUCUUCCGGAGGAGGCCAGCAGAACCAAAGUAAUCAGAGAAAAAAGUUCCAAGAGGCGAGAAGGCCUGUCAUGAAGAAAAGAAAGGUACCAUCUGGCAAAGGUGAACGUCCUCGAACAGUAUGCAGACUUUUAAAUGAUGCACCAAAAUUUCUGGAGCAGUCAAAUUUAUCUAGACGAUUAUUAGAUGAUGAGGAGCUAGAACUCAGAGAGUUGCAAACAGGAUCAACUUCGUCAAGAUGUUCUGUGCAUUUUGCUUCAAAUGGGUCACAUGGUUGCCCACUUUGCAAAGACUUGUUGGCCGAAUUUCCUCCGCAGAUUGUCAAAAUGAGGCAGCCUCUCUCUAGAAGGCCUUGGGAUUCUUCUCCAGAACUUGUAAAGAAGCUUUUCAAGAUCUUCCGGUUCUUGUAUGGUAAUGCUGCUACCAUCAAAAUAUGCCCCUAUACUCUUGAUGACCUUGCUCAUGCAUUCACUGACAAGGAUUCAAUGUUACUAGGAAAGAUUCAUGUGGCUCUUCUCGAGCUUUUUCUUUUGGAUGUGCAAAGGGCAUUAACUGCUGGAUUAAUUCCCAGAGCAUCAAAAGAUCACAGGUUUCUCAGUUUUUUACACUUUGUGAGAGAACAGGAGUGUGACAUGAACAUUUGGAACCAGUUUCUCAAUCCACUUACAUGGACGGAAGUACUGCGACAGGUUCUGGUUGCAGCAGGUUUUGGUUUGAAAUCGAAUACUGCACGGACAGCCAUGUUUAACAAGGAGAGGAAUCAGAUGGAAAAAUAUGGCCUACGUUCUCGCACAUUGAAAGGUGAAUUAUUUGCUAUUUUAUCUGAGCAAGGAAAUGGUGGACUAACAGUUUGUGAGUUGGCAAAAGCUCCGCAGGUUGUUGCACUGGACCUACCAAAUACUAACAAAGAAGUAGAAGAACAAAUAUGCUUGACUCUAUCGAGUGAUAUUACAUUAUUUGAGAAGAUUGCUCCUUCUGCUUAUCGCCUUCGUAUAGGCCCGGAUAUUAAAGGAAAGGAGGGUCAUCAAUCUGAUAGUGAUGAUUCGGGCAGCGUGGAUGACAAUUUUAGUGCUAGUAGCAGUAAUGAUGAGUCUGAUGCUUCUGAGGAGUUGAACUCAACUGGUCAGAGAACCAAAAGAUACAAAAGACGGUGUAAAAGAACAGGCCAGCAGUUGACAGAAUAUACUGAAAUUGAUGAGAGUUAUUCAGGGGAAGCAUGGGUAUUAGGUUUGAUGGAGGGUGAAUACUCAGAUUUAAGCAUCAAUGAGAAGCUGGAUGUUUUAAUUGCUCUGCUUGACCUUGCUGGAGCUGCUUCCGUUUAUAGAAUGGAGGAAUCUGGGAAAACCCUACCAGCCACCAUGCCUAAUUCGUGGUGUCAUGGAUCAGGUGCAAAAAUAAAGAAAUCAUCAACACGCAGCCACCAACAAGAUUUAGAAAUUAUCUCAGGAGCCUCUAAAGGGGUGAAAACCUCCAUAGCAAAUGGUACUGAAGCUGAAGACAAAUCUCAGCCUGAUAUACACCAAGUGCAAUCAGUCCAUUUAGGAUAUGAUCGCAGGUACAAUAGUUAUUGGCUCUUUCUUGGUCCUUGUGAUGCACAUGAUCCAGGCCACCGUCGGGUUUAUUUUGAGUCUUCUGAAGAUGGCCACUGGAAGGUCAUUGAUACAGCACAGGCCUUCGAUGCUCUAUUAUCAUCUUUAGAUUGCAGGGGUACACGGGAAGCUCAUUUGUUUGCAUCUUUGGACAAAAGAGCAAAUUCUCUUUGUCAAGCAAUGGACGAUUGGAUGACUAAUGAAUUUACUGGCAGGCAAGAGAGAGGGUGUUAUUCUACUGAAUUUGACAGUAAUAGUGGGGAUGGCUCUUCAGCUGUUUCCGAUGUAGACAAUAUCUCAAGGUCUCUAGAACCCAUAGACAGAGCUGCAUCUGGUGGCAUGGUUCUUGAACUUGGAAAGACUAGAAGAGAGGAGAAACAGAAAUGGGAUCGCUUGCAAGCAUUUGAUAAAUGGGUUUGGAAUGGUUUUUAUUCUCAUCUUAAUGCCAUUAAAAGAACUAAAAGGUCAUAUAUGGAAACAUUAACUCGAUGCCAGAGCUGCCAUGAUUUGUACCUGAGAGAUGAGAAACAUUGUAGAAUAUGUCAUCUUACUUUUGAAUUAGACUUUGAUCUUGAGGAAAAAUAUGCUGUCCAUGUAGCAACUUGUAGGACGAAAGAGGAUAGCUGUGAGUUUCCAAAGCAUAAGGUUCUGCCAUCACAACUGCAAGCUCUCAAAGCAGCAAUUCAUGCAAUCGAGGCAUGCAUGCCUGAAGCUGCGUUGUCAGCUGCUUGGACAAGGUCAGCUCAUAAUCUUUGGGUUAAGCGUCUUCAACGCACAUCAUCCUUGCCAGAACUUCUUCAGGUUGUUACUGAUUUUGUUGGGGUCAUAAAUGAAGAAUGGUUAUAUGGAUGUGCUUCUAAAUUAGGUAGCCAUGCUGCUCUGGAUGACAUAAUUGUAUGCUUCCAGACUAUGCCGCAGACAACCUCUGCUGUUGCACUUUGGAUGGUUAAAUUGGAUGCUCUUAUUGCUCCUUGUUUUGGAAAAGCUCAACCACAACAAGCAGAAUGUAGGCCUCAGUUAAGAGGAAGGCCCUCCUGAAUCAAGUUGCUGAAUGGCAGCAACUACACAACCCCUAAAGAUGGGGAAUUAGUUUUGAUGCUGUCGGAGCAUCCAGAAGAUGGAGGCAUGCGUAAUCUUCCUGCAGCAUUUCGAUUACUCCUGGUAUAUAUUUACUCAACCUUCACAAGGGGCAAAUGUGUCGCUUUGCUGGAUGUUACCAAUUUUGAUAUUCUUAAGGGUCUGGCAGUCAGCUGUUACUUCAGCUGCCCUAACAACGGCCAACUCAAAUGCCAGGUUUCAUUCUCAUACGGCUCCAUCGUUGUCAAUAACCAUUAUUUUUCCAUAUGGGUCCCUUACAUUUGUUUUCCUUUCGGCGGAGGCCUUGCGUCCGAACUUUGUUAAUUGUUAUUUUGCAAUGAGAGAAUUUUUUGGUCAUUGUGAUCUUCGAAAUAAAUUUUUUUGCCAUUUCAUGUAAUAUGUAAGAGAUUUGGUGAGGAAACUCUGGUUUUCUUGUAUAGACUCUUGAAAAUUUUGAUGCCUGGGAUAUGUUUGGUUUCAUUUACUAAAGGAAAAUAAUUUUGCUCGGGAGAGAAAGCUCGGGCAUUGUCACAAAA